AUGUUGCUUAAAGAAGAGUUUCCUUCAAGAAUAUCUGAACUGAAAGAACAACUAAAGGCUGUUGCAGAUGCAUGCAAUAAGCUGAAGGCUAAUAAACGUUUGAAAGAAUUUCUAGCACUAGUACUUCAACUUGGAAACUACAUAAAUGCAGGAAGCUAUGCGGGCAAUGCAGCAGGCUUUACACUCAGCACACUACCAAAGCUCCUAGAAAUAAAAGCAAACAAACCAAGGCUGACAUUCUUGCACUAUGUGGUAGAAGUUGCAGAAGCUAACAAUAAGGAAAUAUUACAAUUCACAGAAGAUAUGAGUAACAUGAAAGAAAUGGCAAGGAUAUCAGUUCAGUUGCUCCAAGAAGAAGUGAUGAAAGUUACCACUGACGUCAAACAAGUUAAAUCACAGCUAAAGGAAGAUACAAGUGGAAUCAGGUCACAGUUCAAGUGCAAAGAUUUCUUUAAGGCUGCUUUGAAAUGCAGUAAUGAACUUCAGCAUGCAAUGAAUAAAGUCAAGGCUUGUACUCGUGCUUUAGCCAAACAUUUCUGUGAAGAUCCUAAGAAAUUCAAGCCAGAAGAAUGUUUUCAAUUGUUUGCCGAGUUUUUUACAGUAAUUGAGAGAGUUCGACAGGAAAAUGAAGAGAAAAGAAAAGAAGAACAGCAGCAAAUUCAAGAGCAGAUGGAAACAAACAAACUAAGUGCAAGCGGAGAUGAUGGAGGAGGAGCUGGUUCUGUUUCUGCUGGUGGAGAAGUUGCUUUAGUUGUUGCUGGUGGAGUAUUCAUGGUUGAAAACUUAAAGCUCUGA